UGGCAUUAUUGUUUAUUAAGCGAGGGAAUUUAUAAUGGCCGACGCGAAGGUAUCAGAAAGUGAAAAGGUUGUUAUUUCGGCUGAAGUUCAAAGCUUGAAGAUUCCUGACUUGAAGAAAAGAUUAGAAGCUCUUGGCUUAUCCAUUACUGGUAGUAAAGCUGAAUUAAUGGAACGGCUUCAAGCAGCUAGUAUUUCUAGGAAGGAUGUUUCAUUUUUAACAGUUGAUCCAUUUGCUGAUGAAGGUAGAUCUGAUUCAUUUGAUGAUGGAAAUAAACCUGCAGAAGAUGAUUCUUGUAUUUCUUUACAAGAUAAUGAUCAGUCCUUAUUUUCAUCUGAAGGUGAUUCAAUGAGAAUAGUUGAUAGUUCAAUAGGAGACUCAAAAUUGAGUACAGAUAACCCUCCAUCCAAACCUUUGAAAAAAAGUACAAAAGGGACUGAAAGUACAGUUACUAGGAAAAAAAUUCAACUGACUAGGACUAAUGUUAUUACAUCUACUCCUAAAUCUUUAUCUCCUGUGAAAUCAACAUCUAUUAUAAAAACAACACAAGCAGGUGGCAAGAAGAAACUGUCACUGAAAAGCAUGACAGAUGAUGAGAGAUUAGCAAUGAGGGCUAAAAGGUUCAAUGUUACACCAUCUGCAACUUCUUUUUCUAAAUCUGAAAAAACUUUAAGAAGUUCCAGAUCUGUUGGCUUAACCAGUACAAGUACUUCUGCUGAUUUAGCGGUCCUAAAGAAAAGAGCUGAGAGGUUUGGUCAAAAUGUGUCUUCAGUUAUGAAACAAAUUGAAGAAAAAGAGAGGCUUCUGAAGCGUAAGUUUAAAUUUGGAGCAAGUGUAUCAUCAUUGUCAGCUAUCUCCAGCUUGGAUGAGCAAGAAAAGAAAAGGAGGAGGGCGGAAAGAUUUGGGAUAUCUUGAAACAGUUUUGAUUUAAAUUUUGUAUUCUAUUAAUGUAAAAUUCAUAGAGAAAUCCUAUAACUGAAUGUAAAAUGUAAAAAGCUUAUGUAAUUCUUCCAUUUAUAUUUUCUGGUCUGAAUAUUUUGUUUACUAUUUAGAAGCAUAUUUACAAACCAAAUACAUAAAAAGAAAUGCUGAAUGUAACAUUUCUUAAUAUAACAAGCAAGGUUUAGCUUGUAACUACUCUAUCAGAGGUAGAACUUUUACCUUUUAUAUAUUAAAAAAAAAAAAAAAAAAAACUGUUUGAUAUUGUAUAAUGAAGGUGACUUACCAAGUAGACUCGCACACAUGCCUUUUAUGCUUCCUCUUAUUAUUUUACAUACUUAUUUUUAUUUAUGUAUUUAACUGACAUGUGACCAGCUUCUCUAUUAUUAUGAUAAACAGUUUUUUAUUUUA